CCGGAAACAGAAUGUAUACCGUGUCUAACUUGACAACAGUAGGUUUAGAUGCUCGUUAUUAACUGGGGCUCCCCGGGAUUGUUCACAACAACAGAGGAAGCCGCACCACAUCUGACCAAAUAAAGCCCCGCCGCGAUUUUAAGAUCCUGUUGUGGAAAACCUACCAACGGAAACGAACGUUAACGCGUUGUUGUGCGACGGGCUCCGUUCUCCCACUGAUAGCUAUUGUUUGUUACCGUGCUAGCUUUGUCCUUGUUCGCAGUCACAGCUGUGGUGGGUUGCUGAUAUAUUUAAACAAAUCGUUUGGGAGGAAUAUGGCUCAGCAUGGACAUCAUGUAGCCAGUUCCCAAAAAGCACUAAUGCUGGAGAUGAAAAGUCUCCAAGAUGAGCCAGUCGAAGGGUUCAAGAUAACUUUGGUGGACGAGUCGGACAUGUACAACUGGGAAGUAGCGAUAUUCGGACCCCCAAACACACACUACGAGGGUGGUUAUUUUAAGGCACGGAUCAAGUUCCCCGUCGACUAUCCGUACUCUCCACCUGCUUUCCGCUUCCUCACUAAAAUGUGGCACCCAAACAUUUAUGAGAACGGGGAUGUAUGCAUCUCUAUCCUGCACCCACCAGUGGACGACCCACAGAGCGGGGAGCUGCCUUCAGAGAGGUGGAACCCCACACAGAACGUCAGGACCAUCCUGCUCAGUGUGAUCUCUUUGCUGAACGAACCCAACACUUUCUCCCCGGCCAACGUGGACGCAUCCGUCAUGUACCGAAAGUGGAGGGACAGCAAGGGCAAGGACAGAGAAUACAUCGAGAUCAUCAGGAAGCAGGUGUUGGCCACCAAAGCCGAAGCAGAGCGGGACGGCGUCAAGGUUCCCAUCACAUUGGACGAAUACUGCGUGCGCACCCAAGUCCCGCCCACAGACGACGGCUCCAACCUCUUAUACGAUGACUACUACGACGACGAGGAGCUGGAGGACGACGACGAGGACGACAACGAGGACUGUUGCUAUGACGACGACGACUCGGGCACCGAGGACUCUUGACCUCGCCUUCCUCGCCCCUGACCAGUCCCUGCCCUCACCCCCUCCCCUCCCACGCUACACACGCCUCCCUCUCUUGUCAUGGACUGAACUUUAAUUCCCCGCCCCCCUUCGUCCUGAACCAGCCCCUCAUCGUCCUCACUUAGUCCCCGCCCCUCAUGUCCUCCGUCUGUCACAUGUGCAGUCACAGUAUGCACACUAAAACCUGAUGCAUCGAAGAAAAGAAAGCUAAAGAGUUGUUUUUGUUCGUUUCUUAAAUGUUUCUCUUUAUUUUUUUCAUUUGUGGUCUGAGUAGAGGUUACACACACACACACACACACACGCACACACACACACACACACACACACAGCAGCACAAAUUACCGUAACAGUACUUCCUAUUAGCUUCAGUUAGUCUGCACUGAUUAACUGGUUUAUAUUUUUCUCCAAAGCGUUUUUGGCUCCAAGACCGGUUCCUUCCUGCGGCUUUGAGUGUAACAAAGCCUGUCUGAUGGCCAAGUUUCUUGUAGAAAAUUUGGCCACGGAACAGUCACGCCUUUUCUCGACAUCAUCAGCAGGGUGGAAUGUAACGUCACAGGUCAGAUCAGAUCAGACUAGAACAAGCAUUUGCAAAGGAAGCUAAGCUUGGGAAGAUUGCCGCACAGAACGUGUGUUUUCAAAAAAGCCGAGUCACUUCUGUCUCUGAGCCACAUGUGUGACCUCGAGGCUGUUUGAAGCCCUGCCAUGCUUCACCUCUGACCUUUUUGAGCCCCAGGGCUUGUGCUGCUCAAAACAGGGAAGUUAUCCAUUAUUUUCAUUUUUAUUUUUUUUUAAGAAAAAGCUGUCCACACUCCCUUGUGCCUUCCCUCACUCCCUGAUAUCACAGAUCUGAAGGACUUGUGGGACAGAGCGUAUACACAGCAGGUUUAGGCAGCCGCACAAACCGAGGCGGCAGAGGGAGACAUACAAGGUCUCAGGUGGGGAUACAGCAAACAGCACCCUCCUGGUGGAACAAACAUAUUUAUAGCAGCACCUGUCAGUUUGUCCUCAUUGUGUGAGUGAGAAAGGUGUAAGAUCCAACAGCUGAACUGAAGAGCGGAAUGUAGAUCAGCAUCCCACAAACGUCCUCUGACUGCCAUGCAGCCUUCAUCAUACAAGCACGUGCUACUCGUGGCCUGGAUGCAUUAAGAAACAGCUAGCUGAGCCUGCUGCUGCUCAUGAUAUCCAAUGUACUGUAUUAAUAAAAACCUAUGCAGUCAGUGCUUGACUUAAUAUGCAGUGCUUUCAAACAUGGCAGUUAAGUUGAGCCUUUCAACAGUCUGACCUGAACUCCAGCUUGAGUUUUUAACAACAGGGCUUUGGACUCCUUGACUAGAGUGGAUCAUGUGUUGUGUCUGUCUUUAUGUUUGUUGGCGGUUUGUUAUUCUAACUCAAGAGUAGCACAAGUCUUCAGAGCAGAAGAAACAAGAGAUUGUACACAAGCCUUCAGCAGAGCUCGCCCCCUAGUGGUGGUUGCGUGUACUGGCAUUUUUUUUCUCCCCUCUUCCUUUUGAAAUGCUCGACUGGGCCGCAGCCAUCUUAACUCACCUGAAUCAAUGAACCCUGUUACCUCAGAGGAGAUCAGGUAGCAGUGUGAGUGAUUCAGAAGAAUGAAAAUGGCCUGAUGAAUAUGCAGGCGACUGAUGGGGAUUUUUUUGUUUUCUGUCUACGCUGUCAGAGAGUGGUUUGUUCUCUCCUAACUGCCAGGAGUGCUCUGCUGCACACUCGAGACAACGUUAACCACCAUCCAACAGUAUUUACGAUGAAAUUCUCAACAUCUAACCAUGUUUCCGUUGUGUGUGAAUAUUCGCCGAUCGUUUAUAAAAUAUGUGCUGAGAAGAAGCAGAUAUGGGAAGCAAUGGGGAUGGGGUUGAUCUUUGAGCAUGAAAAGGAGAAUGUGGUUCUUCACUAGCAUGCUGUUAUGAUGUGUUUGUGGUUUUAGAUCUGCUAUAAGGGUCGGGGUUGUGUCCAGGGACAAAUGUCCUCUACUCAAUUUUAUCUAAAACUGUUGCAUUGUGAAUGGGCUGAGGGUUGUCAGUUUUUUGGGGGGGGCUUCUUUUACUGUUUUGAUGUAAUCUUUUUAUUUCCAAAUUGUGGUGUGAGCUGCAAUGUUCUCUUAUAUGUAUUAAGUGCUACAAAUAUUGACCUGAUUGUUAAAAGCCCAGGAAUGUUCAUGGAAGAACAGCUAAAUGUACCAACUUAUUGUACACAAAAGUCAUAACGGCAAAAAAGUUAUGCAGAAAUUGACACAGCACAGCACACAGUGAUUAUUCUAGCGUUUAUAUUAAGCCCUGAAUGCUCAGAAAUGAGCUACCAAGACCCAAUAAUUGACUCAUGUCCAUCACACAGCCUAUGAAUGAUCCUCCCCCACUAUGUUCUGAUGUUUUAGGGUGAAUGGGAUUUCAUUUUUGUCAAACUACUGUUAUUUUUAUCGUCUUUGCUCCCCACUCAUCCCCCCCAGUUCUCUGAGCUGUGAUUGGUGGCAGCAUCACUGAGGGGAAAAAACCCAGUAGUUAAUUACAGAAAAACUACAAGAACCUCAGGAAAAAAACAACUACCAACAAAUAAACAAACCCUUUUACAUCUGAGUGAACCUGUCCCCGGGGAGUCUCACUUGUUGGCUUCAAAGGACUGUUUACAAUCUCUACCUUGAUAUGCACAUGUGGAUAUUUGACGAUCACUUGAUGUUUUUUUUUUCUUGUUUAUAUUUUCUUUUUUCUUAUGGUUUGUAAAUCUAUUUAAAAUCUGAAAUAAAGAUCUUUAUUAGA